UCGUUCAGCAUCCUUUCAGCCGAGAGCCCCCAGAUCUGUGACAGCGAGCACAAAGACAACACUUCAAGAAUGGCGACCCUCAACGCCACGCACUGGAACGAGACUACAUCCGUUUCCCAGUAUGUGGGCUUUCAAGUGCAGAAAAUUUACCCUUUCCAUGAUAACUGGAACACUGCCUGCUUUAUUAUUCUGAUCAUAUUCAUCUUCACUGUAGUUUCUCUGGUGGUGCUGGCUUUCCUGUACGAACUGCUAGACUGUUGCUGCUGUGUGAAAAAUAAAACUGUGAAAGACUUGGAGAACGAACCCAAUCCCGUAAGAGCAAUGAUAAACAGCUUCAGGAAGCGUGAAACGGAGGUGGUGUAGGACGGACUGAGCAGCAGUGCCGGAAGAACGUUUGACACCUUCAAUGAAGCCUCUUGUACCUUACGAAUAAGCAAGCCACGUGCUUU